ACUCGCUGUUUCAAUUAUAAGAAGCAGUGCAACAUGGAAGAGGCAGAUGUACAGUCAGUUGAAUUAACAGAAUUUUCAAAUUCUGAAGAUGUGAAGCCAGAUCUAUCUGCAGUGUUUUCAUCUUCUGCUGACAUAAAAACAGAAUUAUCAAAAUUUUUGACUUUCCAUGAUAUGAAACCAAACAAGACGUUUAUAACUUCACAAGACGUUGAAACUGAUGUUAUGCUAGAUGUUUCGUCUUCUCAAGACAUUAGUGCAGAAUGUACAUUAUCAUCUUUUGAUGAUGUAAAACAUAAUAUGACAUUUCUAACUUCUCAAAAUGUAACAACAGGAUUUUUAAAUUUUAAAGAUGUGGAACCUGCUGUAUCAGCAAUUUUAUCAACCAGUGAAGAUAUAAAACCAGAAUUAGAAACUUUAUCAUGUACUGAAGAUAUAAAUCCAGAAUUAGAAACUUUAUCAACCAAAAAAGAUAUAAAACCAGAUUUAUGGACACAAUUUUUAGAUUCUGAGGACAAACAACAAAAUGGACUUGAAGAAAAGCUAACACUCUCUGAAGAUGAAACAUAUCUCUCUGUUUAUCCUCAUGUUCGUCAUGAACAGUUUUUUCAAAGAUCUAACUUGAAUAAACAAGCUCAAGUAGGGGAGAAGCCACUUGAAUGUGAUGCUUGCCAUAAAAGGUUUUCAGAUAAUUCUAGGUUAAAUGAACAUAAAAAAAUUCAUUCUGGAGAUAAGCCACAUGAAUGUGAUGUUUGUCAUAAAAAGUUUUCUAUCAAUUACUAUUUAACAAAACACAAAAGAGUUCAUUCAGGAGAUAAACCAUUUGAAUGUGAUGUUUGUCAUAAAACGUUUUUGACCAAUUCUCAUUUAAAAACACACAAACGAGUUCAUUCAGGAGAUAAACCAUAUGAAUGUGAUGUUUGCCAUAAAAAGUUUUUUAGCAAUUCUCAUUUAACAACACACAAACGAGUUCAUUCAGGGGAUACGCCGUAUGAAUGUGAUGUUUGUGAUAAAAAGUUUUCCUUCAGUUCUAGCUUGAUGGAACACAAAAGACUUCAUUCAGGAGAUAAACCAUUUGAAUGUGAUACUUGUGAUAAAAGGUUUUCAAACAAAUCUGGUCUAAGCCACCAUAAAAUUGUUCAUUCUGGUGUUAAGCGAUAUGAAUGUGGUGUUUGUCAUAAAAAGUUUUCUCGCAAUUCGGUUUUAACAAGACACAAACUAGUUCAUUCAGGAGAUAAACCAUAUGAAUGUGAUGUUUGUCAUAAAAGGUUUUCUUGUUAUUCUGUUUUAACAGGACACAAACGAGUUCAUUCAGGAGAUAAAUCAUAUGAAUGUGAUUUCUGUCACAAAUGGUUUUCACGGAAUUGUGAUUUAACAAAACACAAAAGAAUUCAUUCAGGAGAUAAACUAUUUGAAUCUGAUGUUUGUCAUAAAAAGUUUUCUAUCAAAUUUAAUUUUACAAAACACAGAGUUCAUUCUGGAGAUAGGCCACAUGAAUGUGAUGAUUGUCAUAUAAAUUUAUCAGAAAGUUCUACUCUAAACAAGCACAAAAAAGUUUAUUUAGAAGUUAAGCCUUUUGAAUGUGUUUUUUGUCAGAAAAGGUUUUCAGACCGUUCUAACUUUAAUAAACACAAAAGAGUUCAUUCUGGAGAUAAGCCAUAUGAAUGUGAUGUCUGUCUGAAAACGUUUUCAUAUAGUAAUACGUUAAGUAGACACAAAAGAAUUCAUUCAGGAGAUAAGCCACAUGAAGGUGAUGAAAAGUUUUCAGACAAUUCUACUCUAAACAAGCACAAGGAAAUUCAUUUAGAAGUUAAGCCAUUUGAAUUUGUUUUUUUCCCGAAAAGGUUUUCAGACAGUUCUAAUUUAAAUACACACAAGAUAAUUCAUGCAGGAAUUAAGCCAUAUGAAUGUGAUCUUUGUCAUAAAAGGUUUUCUGGCAAUUCUAAUUUAAUGAAACACAAAAGGGUUCAUACAGGAAAUAAGCCAUAUGAAUGUUAUGUUUGUCAUAAAAGGUUUUUAGACAGUUCUACUCUAAGAAAACAUAAAAUUGUUCAUUCUGGUGUAAAGCCAUAUAAAUGUGAUGUUUGUCAUAAAGGGUUUAGUAGUAAUCGUAGUUUAAUAACACACCAACCAGUUCAUUCAGGAGAUAAGCCAUAUGAAUGUGAUGUUUGUCUCAAAAAAUUUUCUUAUAGUUAUAAUUUUCAUUUACAUAAAAGAGUUCAUUCAGGCAAUAAACCAUAUGAUUGUAAUGUUUGUCAAAAAAAGUUUUCAGACAGUUCUUCUCUGGGCAAACACAAAAAUAUUAAUUUAGUAGUUAAGCCUUAUGAAUGUGAUCUUUGUCUUAAAAGUUUUUCACAUAGUGUUAAUUUGAAUAGACACAAGAUAAUUCAUGCAGGUAUUAAGCCUUAUGAAUGCGAUCUUUGUCAUAAAAGGUUUUCACGUAGUGUUAAUUUAAAUAGACACAGAAGCGUUCAUUCUGGAGAUAAGCCACAUGAAUGUGAUGUUUGUCAUAAAAAGUUUUCAGACAGUUCUACUCUAAACAAGCACAAAAUAAUUCAUUUAGAAGUUAAGCCUUUUGAAUGUGUUUUUUGUCAGAAAAGGUUUUCAGACAGUUCUAAUUUGAAUACACACAAGAUGAUUCAUGUAGGAAUUAAGCCAUUUGAAUGUGAUCUUUGUCAUAAAAGGUUUUCAGAUGGUUCUAAUUUUAAUAAACACAAAAGAGUUCAUUCAGGAGAUAAGCCAUAUGAAUGUGAUGUUUGUCUUAAAAGGUUUUCACAGAGUCCUAUGUUAAGUAAACAUAAAAAUGUUCAUUCUGGAGAUAAGCCACAUGAAUGUGAGGUUUGUCAUAAAAAGUUUUCUGACAUUUAUAUUCUAAAUAGACACAAAAAUAUUCAUUUAGGAGUUAAGCCUUAUGAAUGUGAUCUUUGUCAUAAAAUGUUUUCAGACAGGUGUAGUUUAAAUACACACAAGAUAAUUCAUGCAGGAAUUAAGCCAUUUGAAUGUGAUCUUUGUCAUAAAAGGUUUUCAGAUGGUUCUAAUUUAAAUAGACACAAAAAAAUUCAUGCAGGAACUAAGCCAUAUGAAUGUGAUAUUUGUUAUAAAAAGGUUUCAUCCAUUUCUGGUUUAAGUAGGCACAAAGAAAUUCAUACUAGAGAUACAUUUUACAAAUCCGAUGUUUGUCAUGAAAACUUUACAGAGAAGUGUGAUUAAUAAUCUUUACAUUAUUUAAAUUGUUGAAGCAUCUAUUCACAAUAUGUAUAUUUUAAUAAUAGGAUAAUAUUUAAGUUCUACUUCUAGGUCACUUAUAUAUUUAUGUAUAUAUGCAAAUAUUGCAAAAUGUUCAUUGCAUAAAUUUGAAUGUAGUUAAAAGAUAAAAGCAGAUUGUUCUUAACCCUAAUAUCUAAAAGCCCAUGUCUCUCUGUCUCUGUCCGCCCGCAAAAUAUUUUCACAUGCUAUGAUAUCAGUAUCUUCAGCGAUGUAUGGAGAACUGGAUAAGGACUUUUGUUGAAAAUAUGUUACAUGUUUUAAAUGUAUAAUCUAGAUUUUAUUUAAAGAUGAAAAAUAAAGGCAUAUUAGAAUGUAGAAACACAAUUUUAAUUAUACAACCGGAAAAGUGUUUAUAGUUGUGACAAGAACGAAUUAAACAAUGACGUCACAUGUAUCAUCAUCAUCAUUCCUUUGUGGCCCCUGGGGAGAAAAGGGCUGAAACCACACAUCUCGAGCAGACUCGGUUUUGGGCUGCCCCCUUUAUCUGAGCUCAUGUGAGCCCAGCUGUUUGCGCCUCUUCUUCAACUGCUUCUCCAUGUCUUUCUUGGCCUGCCCACCCUCCUUUUUCCCUCGAUUCCAGUCCAAAGCAUGUUUUGCGGUGUUUUCUUAUGUGUGUCCGAUCCAUCCCCAUUUACGGGCCUCAAUAUCUGUCUAUAUUGGCUGUUGCUUUAAAGUUCACGACAGGUCUUUGUUUGAUAUUUUGUCUGGCCACCUUUUUAAGUAUAUGUCAUAAGCCUGUAGCUUAUCAGUAUUUAUCUUCGUAACCCUCCAAGUCAAGUCUCUGAGCUAUAGAGCAGCACUCCCUGGACAAUUGUGUUGAAAAUCCCAGUUUUGCUCCGGAGAGGCAGGGCCUUGGACCUCCACAUUGGGCGCAGUGAGAUGAAGGCACAUCUAACCUUGUUGAUACAACAUUUUAUGUCCUCGUCUGCUCCCCCGUCCUUAUUGAUCACGCUUCCCAGAUAUGUGUUUGUUUCAUGUAAAUCUUCUCCAUUUAGCUGUAUAGGCAGGUCCUGGCUGUUAUUGAUUCUGAUGACCUCUGUUUUAUUUUUAUUGAUUUUUAUUCCAACUUUGGAGGCUUCUUCAGAUAGCCGAUUUAGUUUGGCUUGCGUAUGUUGAUGCUUGUGAGAUAGUAGGCAGAUGUCAUAGCAUAGAUCCCUGUCUUACUCCCGUCACCGUGAAUGGUUUUGUUAGUUUUCCCUUGUGUAUUACCUGACUGGUGGAGUCUUCGUAUAGUUUCUGUGUGAUAGAUAUAAAUUUUUUGGGUAUUCCAUAGUGGCUCAUUAUCUUCCAGAUAACAUCUCUAUUCACACUGUCAAACGCCUUUUCGAAGUUGACAAAAAUCAUUUAUAAGGGGGGUUGCCACUCAAAGGACUGUUCAAUAAUGAUGCACAGUGUGGCAAUUUGGUCAGUACAUGACCUGUCUUGACGAAAACCCGCUUGUUCUUGUCUCAGCUUUUUGUCCAAGGCAUCUCUAAGUCUCUCUAGGAUGAUUCUUGUCAGCACCUUACUUGGGAAAGAAGCAUUAUCCCUCUCCAGUUGUUGCAUUGUGACAGGUCUCUCUUCUUCCUAAAUCUGCUUAAGUAGAGGAUGUAGUAUGUAUUCUGAUAUGGCUGGGUCUGCUUUUUGUGCCUCUGGUGGGAUGCUGUCCGGGCCAGCUGCUUUGCCGUUUUUCAUGUUCUUUAUUGCUCUUAUUGUUUCUAACUUUGUGGGUAGAUCUGUACACACAUUUAGUAGGUGGUUUGCAGGUGGUAUAUCAGGGAUGUUUGAUGAGAGAGGAUGGUUUAAAAUCUCAUCAAAGUGCUGUACCCAUCUGUCUCUCUGUUACUGGGUCCUGGUUACUUCAUAGGCCACAUGUUUACACUAUGGAAAAAAACAACACUAAUGUCAUCUUCAGAUUUUAGAAUUUUAAGAAAUGAACUAUUUCAUUCAAAUUUGAUUUAGAUCUAGAUUCUAUAAAUCUACGUAUCAAGAUGGACACUAUGAAAUAUAUAAAAUUUUCUGUCACACUUAUACAAAUUACUAUAAAAAACAAAGCUGGGUUUUUAACGGAAUCCUUUAAGUCUCUUAUUCAGUUUGUGGAUUUAAUAUUGUGUUCUGUUGACUAAUGUAAAGCCUUUAAUUUGGUUUUAAUUUUUCUAGUAGGUAUUGGUAGCCUAUGUUAUUUUAAAUGUGUCAGAUUUUUAGCUAUUUAGUUAUUUCUUUGCAUGGUCACAAAUAUUGUUCAACGUAUAGUAAAGCACAUUGCGUUUUGACCAAUAACUAUUUUUUACAAUAUUUUUCUCAAACAUGUAUAACGUUAAAAAUAUAUAGGCCUAUAAUUCAUGUGUAGCGGGUACUGACGGCUAGUAAAUUUUAAUAUUGAAAUUACCCAUUUUUUACCAUCCCUGCUGCUAAACAUUU